CAAAAAACAUACAAACAAAAAAAGAAAAGAAAAAUGGCUUCAACCUCCGGUUUCCUCUUCUUCGCCACCACCGUCGCGCUUUACUUACUCCUCGGCGUCUCCGGCAGGGAACUCUCGGCGGAAUCCAGAGACAUAGCAGCGAGGCUGGACGGCGGAGGCGGAGGGCUGAUGGAGUGCUGGAACGCGUUGUACGAGCUGAAAUCAUGCACCAACGAGAUCGUGGUGUUCUUCCUCAACGGCCAGACCAAGCUCGGUCCCGACUGCUGCCGCGCCGUCCACGUCAUCACCUCCAACUGCUGGCCCGCCAUGCUCACUUCCAUCGGCUUCACCUCCGACGAAGCCAACGUUCUCCGUGGUUACUGUCUGAAUCCCGACGACUCCGGCGACUCUUCUCCGGCUCCUUCGCCGGCGCACGUCUGAUCGCGUCAUUCCUCGUAUUUUACGUCAUAAACAAUCCAUGCACAUGUAUGCACACCAUGCAUGGUGGUUAACUCUAAUGAUAAUAAUAAUUUUCUUUUAUGAUGUUAUACUGUGAAUCCUUGGA